AAAUGAGAUGAUUGAUGUAUUUUUUAUACCAAAUGUGUUGAAACUAUUGUUCUGAUAAAAAUUAAAACUUUUAUUAGUAAUUUAUACAGUUAUGCUUUUAAUCUGUUUAUUUGCCGUUGUUUGGUGGAGCUCUAUUGCUUACGGGCAAGAAGAAGUUCUGCUGGAUUUCCCACUAGGAUCUCUUAAAGGAAAAACAAGAACAACAAUAAAUGGCGUGAAAAUUUAUUCUUUUCAAGGUAUACCGUACGCCGAGCCCCCUGUCGGGCAAUACAGGUUCCAGGCAACGAAAGAAAAAGAACCAUGGGAGGGUGUUUUAGAUGCAACGAUCGAAAGAAGCAUUUGUCUUCAAAUGACUUACGAUCACGUGGAAGGCAGCGAAGAUUGUCUCUUUAUAAAUAUAUUCACUCCUCAAAAUCCUACAUCUAAUGCGAGUCUACCAGUAAUGGCGUUCAUCCACGGAGGAGGAUUCAUAGAAGGUUCAUCAGUUGACGUUAAUUACGGUCCUGACCAUUUAAUGAACUAUGGCGUGAUAUACGUCACGUUUAGUUAUAGGUUAGGACCAUUCGGUUUCUUUUCAACUGGAGACGAUGUCAUACCAGGAAACGCGGGAUUGAAGGAUCAAGUAUUAGCUUUAAAAUUUUUAAACAAAUAUAUCGGAUAUUUCGGUGGAGAUCCUAAUAAAAUAACUAUAUUUGGACAAAGCGCAGGUGCGGCUUCAGUACAUUACCACGUUUUAAGCCCAUUAUCUAAAGGUUUAUUUAGAGCUGCAAUUUGCGAGAGCGGGUCGGCGUUGAGCGCAUGGGCGAACCAAAAAAAUCAAACCGAAAUUUCUUAUAAUUUAGCGAAAAUAAUAAACCCUAAUUUUGCAAAUUACAAAGCUAGCUCCUCGGAAGUUUACGAAUAUUUGAAAAACUUGCCUGCAGAAACAAUCGACAGAGCUGCCCAUCAAAUUUAUUUAUUGGAAAAUCCUUCUGAUAUGCAAAUUCAAAACGGUGUAUAUUUUGGACCGGUGAUUGAAAACGAACAUGAAGGUGCUUUCGUAACAAAACCUAUGUAUGAACUUUUAAAAAAUGGUGAAAUUAAUGACGUUACGUUGCUUUUAGGAGUUAGUACAGAAGAAAUGUUAUCAACUGUUUCAGAUCUAGAGGGCUUAAAAAACACAACGAUUACUUUUCAAAACAAUCUCGAGUUACUCGUACCUAAGAAACUGAAUGCGGAAAUAUCAGACAUACCUGUAAUUGCACAAAAAAUAAAAGAUUUUUAUUCGCCUUAUUUAGAUUUCACAGUUGAUACCAGACAAUUAAUCAAAUAUCUUAGCGAUCAAUGUUUCGCAAGGUCAAUUAUCAAAUCUGCAGAAUUGGAAGCGGAAUGGCAUGACGUAUAUUUGUACGAAUUUGCAUAUCAUGGUGUUUUAGGAGGAUUCACUGACACAUCAGUUAACGGUUUUUCUGAUGAUGUCAGGCACGGAGAAGAAAUUAGUUAUCUUUUAAGACGUAAUUAUGAAGGUUUGAAUACAACAGAUCUUACUAAAUAUCCAGCAAGAGAUCAGACUGUACAAAAGAGGUUUAUUACGUUGUUUACCAAUUUUGCAAAAUACUUAAACCCCACACCCAAACAAGAUGAUUUAUUACAGAACUUGAUUUGGCCCAAAGUACAUCCCAACAAUUUACAUUAUCUUGCCAUUGGAGCGUGGAUGGAAAUUAGGAGUAAUCCUAAAGAAAAUAUGUACAAGUUUUGGAACGAUAUAUUCUCCCAAUAUGGACAUGAACCAUACGGAAAUGUUUUUCAAAUAAAAAUGUUCGGUUCGACAUCUAUGUUGUUGGUAGUAUUUCUGCUCCUCGGGGUAGUUUGCGAUACUUAUGGCGACGAUCAUAAACCCAUAAUAGUGAAAACCAACAACGGUGACGUGAAAGGGUUCUACGGGGAAAAGAGUCACGCAAACGGAAGUAGAACUUUGUACUGGUUCAGAAGUAUUCCUUUCGCAGAACCGCCAGUAGGGGAAUUGAGAUUCGAGCCUCCGGUUCCGAAAAAAAAUUGGAAUGGUGUGUUAGAUGUUACAGAAAACGGAUCCCCUUGUCUUCAAGGUGCAAAUCCUGUUGUAGGAGAUGAAAAUUGUUUGUUUGUGAAAAUUUCGACUGGGAGAAAACCAGAUAUCAACAACAAACUCCCAGUUUUGGUUUGGAUAUAUGGAGGAGCAUUCUAUUCGGGAUCUGUCGAUUUCGACGAUCAUAGUCCCGACUACCUCGUCGACGAAGACAUUCUAAUAGUAGGAGUGCAUUACAGAGUAGGAAUUUGGGGAUUUAUAUCUACUGGUGAUUUAGUAUCUCCUGGAAACAAUGGUAUUCGUGAUCAAAUAUUAGCUUUAAAAUGGAUUAAGGAGAAUAUUCAGUAUUUCGGUGGAGAUCCGAACAGAAUUACCAUAUGGGGACAAAGCGCUGGAGCCGCUUCUGUCGCGUAUCUGUUACAAACAGAACAAACUCAAGGGCUGUUCCAUGGAGCUAUACUAAAUUCUGGGUCAUCUCUUAGUGCAUGGGCGUUGAGCAAACAAGUUCCCGCAGCUGUUACAAACGUGGCAAAAAAAUUUAAAGUCAGUACUGCAAGUUCAACGACGAUUGUUGAAGGUUUGAAGCAAAUAGAUGCUGCCCAACUACAAACCGCAGCAGCUUCAGUUAUGCAAAGAUUGUUGGUAUUGAGUAAUCCCCUUCAAGGUUUAGUUUUUACGCCGGUGAUAGAACCUGAUCACCCAAAUGCUGUCAUAACUGGGCAAUCUCAUCAAUUGUUGAAAGAAGGGAAAUUCCACAAUGUUCCUAUUCUAACCGGAUACAAUUCCUUGGAGGGAUACGUCGAUGAUUUGCCGACUAUUUUCAGGUUAUGGAUAUCAAAAUAUGAUUUGAAUAAUGCUCUACUUGUUCCUGAUGAUAUGAAUUCGAAAACUACUGGUAGAUUAUAUUUAGGAUCAAAAAUCAAAAUGAAUUACUUCAGUUUAUUCCCAAUUUCAAUUACAUCUACCAGAUUAAUGAGAUUUGUGGCUGAUUCCCAAAUGGAAAAACCCAUUCUCGAAGCUAUCAAUCUUUAUUCAGCCCAUACUAAUGUCUACGCUUAUCACUUUUCCUAUGAGGGUCCUUUGUAUGGUCGAACAAAUAGAACUGUUCACGGUGUUGGUCAUACUGAAGAAUUAGGUUAUCUAUUCGAUUUAGGACAUAGCGGAUCCGAAGCUGAUUAUCUUACUAGAGACCGUUUAGUAAGAUUAUGGACGAAUUUCUGCAAAUAUGGUAAUCCGACUCCACAGCAGGAUUCGCUGUUAAACAACGUCAUAUGGCCCUCUAAUAGAGGAAUUUCGUCUAUGGACGAUUUGGAAUAUUUAGAAAUUGACAAAACUCUAUCGGUCACCAGAUUACCAAAUAAAAAUAAUAUGGUAUUUUGGAAAAAUAUUUACGAGACUUAUGGAAAUCCACCAUAUUCUACUUAUUAAUUUCAGAAUAAUAUGUAAAAUAAUUACGAAUAAACUUACUGUUUAAAUA